AUUGAUGAAAGGAGUUGAGUGUUCGUCGUAUUCGCAUUCUCCUUUGAAAACGCACGUGCAUUCAUACAUUCAGCGCGUGUUGUGAACGCGAGUGGAUAUAUUGGUGUCGUGUUGUUUUGGGGACUUAACCUGACUUACCGACAGAUUCAAGAAUGAAUUGGUUUGUCAUCUAUCUUAGUCUUCUCACGUGUUGUGUUGUCGGCUUAGAGAUUCCUAAAGGCUACGUGUUAGACAUAAAGCCGACAUGUUCGAAUACAACUGGUGGUGUGACCACGAUUCAAGUUUUAACUGAUCUCGAGCUGUUUGUGGAAGCUGAAUGUGCUAAUAAAUAUGUGGCACAGUUUUCAACGAUAAACUACGUCGACUGGUCUCUAGAAGCUCGUUACACUGGAGAUAAUACAAAGGGGUGUAUUUUUGAUAAAAAACAACUUUCGAACACCUACCUAUUACGUAUAUCAGUAUCGUGGGCUGAACCAGGUAAUGUUAUGUUAACACAUGAAGUUGUACAGAUCACGUGCACAUUGGAUACCCAUGGUAUAUCCCAGUCAAAGGUAGACACCUUAAAAGAGGGAUUGUUGGGUGCAACAGAAUUACAGUCACACAUGGGCGGCCGAGCAUCAUCCUCCUUCACGCUACAACUCACUGAUAUUGACGGUAAACAGCUACCUAAAUCUAUUGCUUUGGGCCGCAAAGUUCAACUACACGCCAAAAUGUUAGUAUCCGCAGCACCAGGUGCGAAGGACGAAAAAGGACUCCGUGCAGUUAACUGUGCAGCGACUGCUGGUAACCAUACCUACAAGAUUCUUCGUGGAGGUUGCGGUGAUGGCCUUAUUCUACCUAGUAACAAGGGAUUUAAUACAAUAGGUACUACAACUACUAGCCCUGUGUUUUCAGCCUUCCGAUUGGCUAAACUUUCAGCAGUGUCAUUUCGUUGUAACUUUACUACAUGUAAAUCAAACUGUGACGGUGACUCCUGUGAAAUAGAAAAAAGACGAAGAAGAGCUUUGAUCGACCAAGAUUCACAACCGGAAGAUUUGGUCCUGUUCCCAGUUGAAUUGCAUGUUCACGUGAGGUCUGUUGGCAGUGCUGACGCUGUUGAAAUAGAUCCAUGUAAAAUACCCGGAUUAUCAAUGGAAGGCUGUAAACAAAACGAAAAACAACCAAUCAAAAAGGAUUUUCCAAUUGGAGUGACGUCAUUAAUGAUAACCAUUAUGGUACUCUUUCCCGUCAUGCUUAUUGUCGGGUUGGCGGCCUUUUUCUGUUGUACUAAGAACAAGAACUCUUACGGGAUAACAGACGACGCUAAAUCUAACCCAACAUAAAUGUACUAAAAUUAAAUUAUUAGCAUACAA